CCCUCGGCAUUUCACCCGUUCUUCCCUACUCCACAAGCACUCCAUACCGAAUUAGCGCCAGACGGUCAUUGCUGAAUGUCCACUCUGAAUCACAGAGCACUCGUGCGCGUGCUAUCACCGUGACGCGUCCUCUUGUUCGAUAGACCCCUUUCACCAGCCGUUCUUUUCCCUGAGCCCUAAUAGCUACCGCCAUGGGGCUGACAUCCCGUGCGUCGCGAUUCCUCCCUCUUCCUCCUCGCCAUGCGCCGCUCUGCGUCCUUCUCCUCGUCGCCCUCGUCCAAUGGCGAUGCCCCACCGCCACAGCGACGUACUCCGCCGGGUGCGACCCGGCGACGGCGCCGCUCAAGCCGGCGGGGAAGAACAGCAUCUUCCGCUUCGCGAGCGUGAACUACGACGUCGAGACGCGCAAGUGGGGCCUCGCGACCUCCGCCAACUGGACCGCCGACGAGUCCCUCUACUCGCUGCGCCGCGUCCGCGACCAGGGCUCCUGCGGCAGCAGCUGGGCGAUGGCGGCGGUGACGGCGGUGGAGCUGGCGUACGCGGUGGUGCGCAACGCGUCGAACGACAUGGCGGCGCCGCGGUACCUGUCGACGCAGCAGGUGCUCAACUGCGUGAGCAGCAAGACGGGCAACUGCACGGGCGGCUGGCCCACCACCGCCAUGGACUACGUCGUCAAGGCGACGGACAAGUACGGCGGCAUGGUGACGGAGGGCAACUACCCGUACAAAGGGAAUCGCACGACGAGCUACGGCACGAAAGACGACGACGACGACGACGACGACAGUGACGAUAAGAAGAAGAGCAAGUGCGACACGUCCAAGGUGAAGAAGAAGGCGACGAAGAUCGGCAUCCGGUCGUACGAGAGCAUCGACUACUACGGCUGGCUCGGCCUCAUCCUCGCCGUGCAGGUGCACCCCGCCAUCGCCCUCGUGAACUCGGCGCUCGACUCCUUCCGCAACUACGAAUCCGGCGUGUACUCGGACUCAGCGUGCGCGGCGGGGCAGGUGGACCACGCCGUGGUGGUGGUGGGGUACACCUUCUCGUCGCCCGGGCCCCUCUGGAUCCUCAAAAAUUCCUGGGGGGCCUCCUGGGGCAUGAAUGGCUACAUGCAUCUGGCCAUGCAGGGCGGGCUGGGGGCGUGCAACAUCCACUCAGUGCCGGCGCUAGUGCCCGUCAUAAAGACCGCAAGCACGUCCCCGUGCAGUCUGCUGGUGAACCCGUGCGGCAGCGGCGUGUGCAUCCCCAGCGGCAGCACCAAGUACAAGUGCCAGUGCCCCUUGGGCUUUGUGGCCGUCAAGAACUCGGAUGGCACCCAGUCGUGCACGCCAGUGGUCGUGUGCACGCGCGCCGACAUCAACCCGUGUGGCUUCGGCACGUGUCUCAACGACGGCAAGGGCGACCACGCGUGCCUCUGCCCACGCGGCUUCGCCCUCGGCACCACGGCUGUUGGAUCUCAGACCUGUGUGCCCUCGGACAAGACAAUAAAGAGCAUCAAGGUGCCGGUGACAGUGCCUGCCAGGGUGGUGUACGGCCUCUACGGCAUUCCCAAGGACCAGUUCUACGCCCAGAACCCCGACCUGGACUCGAGCGACAGCAAGAUAAAGAAGGGCAAGAAGGUGGACGUGAAGGCCACGUCAGACACGGUCAGCUGCGGCCUCUUCUACCCCUGGAACUGGGGCAAUCGAUGCUGGGCGGUGGCAGCGCUCUUCGGCAUCACCGUCAGCCAGCUGAAGGCGCUCAAUCCCGGGCUCACUUGCCCCGCUGGCGCGUACCCGGGGCAGCAGAUCUGUGUGCGGGAGGGCAGUGGGCUGGCCAUCCCCCUGUGCGCGCAGUACCACGUGAUAGCGUCCCCGGACACCUGUGUCAGCAUCCGCCAGCAGUACUCGCUCUCCUGGUCCUCCUUCUUCGCCCUCAACCCGGGCGUCUUCUGCUCCAACCUCUACCCCGCUGCCACUGUCGACGGGCUCACCACCAUUCCCAGUGGCGCGCAGAUCUGUGUGAAGGCGGCGUCCAACGCCACCAUCAACUCCCUCGUUGCGCGCGGCCGGUCGCUGCGCCACGUGAAUGACCACACGCACAGCAGCCACGGGCUGCACCACCACCACUCCCAUCACCACCCCUCGCUUGUCUACGACCCCUCUGGCCUCCUCUCGGGCAGCUUAACAGCCCAGCAGCAGCAGCAGCAGUCAUUGCAAACAGUGCAGUCAGUGCAGCCGCAGCAGCAGCAGGCGCAGCAGCGGGCGCGGUGCCGGACGUCGUACACGGUGGUGCGUGGAGACUUCUGUGCGCGCAUCAUCGCCCUCAAGUUCCAGUACAACACCAGGCGCAUGUCCGACCUUAAUAACGGCUAUGUCUGCACCAAUGCAAGGCUAUUCGUUGGCCUCGUGCUCUGCACCUUCCGCUAGCUCUGCACCUUCUGCUAGCUGCUGUGCUCUAGGCCUCGUGAUGCCGUGAGAACGACAUGACAUGAGUGAGACGCAUGCAAGAAGCAGGGACGCAUGCAUGCAUGCUUUGAGUGUGAGAAGCAUGGUUUGUGUAGAUGUGCCGUUUGGCCUGCUGGAACCAGGGUAGCAUAAUUGUCUGCAAAGCUGACUGGGACGAGGCUAGGUAGGUCAAUGGUACAGCAGACAGACACUAGUGAUAGCCUUGGGUAAUUGUAGUGGGAUGUGUGUUGUCUAGGUCUAAUUGGGGGAAUAAACAUAUACGGUAGAUGCAGGCAAUGGAUCUCACGCGGUAUGGCUUGUGUGUUAACACGACUAGGAUUUCCACGACUAGUAUGAGUUCAAGAGGUC